CCACACGACCUCACCACUGGACCGUGUCUCCGUCCCGGGAGAUGAGCUCCUUUGCCCCCGCCCCCACCCCCGCCUCUAACAUCCGAGGAAUCACCAGACAGCUACACUAGAAUUUGGACCCCCCUCAGCAGCCACUGUUCAGGAGGGAGAUUCCCCGCCCCCUGGAAGGAGAUGAGACCGGGCUGAUGGGAUCCUCCGCUCUGAACUAUAACACCGCCGUACAACGACAGACAUGGAAUAUGAGUACAUCGCUUGUCAAGGGCGAUCCCUCUGAUCCAAUGAACUCCAUGAACACACCACGCAUCCUAGAGCUGGAUAUAAACAGGAUGCUGAUUGGUCAGAACACAAUCAGUACAAAGUAUGGAUCCCCGGGCCUGACGGACGACCGGCUAAUCAACGCCUCACAGAACAACCUCAGGUCUUAUGUCACCGUCAACCGACCCACCAACACAAAUAGGCCAAGGUCAUUUACAGGUUCUAAAGACGUGCCGACUACCACCCCAGUAUCUCGAGCCGUGACCAACAGUGCAGGGAACAAGCGAGUCCGACUCAGCGACUCUGAGAUGUCGACUCGGCGGUCCAUGUCCAACACUCCCCCUCUACCUCCAAUCUCUGGUCAGGACGUCACGGAGCAGGGACCAUUCAAAGAACCCCCUAGGAGCCCCCCUGGGUCAUCACUGAGAGGAUCCCCCACCCCCCAGCCUCACGUCAGAGAGAUGAUCUCUCCACUGAAGUAGAACGAUAAUUAGCAUCUCAUUAAUAAACAUUAAUGUAAAUCAGUUAGGGUGUGUGUUUAAAUGAAACAGGGCAUAUUAUUUUUAAAAUAUUUUUUUUAAUAAUAAAAAGGAUUUUGAUAUUUUUAAAAAUAAUACUGUGUAUUUUUAUAAAGAAAAUAAUAUGACUAAACAACAAACACAUGUGCAUUUAAUCUUUCAAUGUUUAAGAUUAUUUUUAUUUUUUUUAUUCACGCUCAUUUUAACCUCUUUUGGGUGUAUUCUUCGAUAAUGCAGUUUUUGAUAAAAAAAUUUCUUGUGAUAAGAUAUGCCUGAUAUAGUAGUAUGGGGGAUUUUUACAACAUUUGGGUGUUGACCUUUGACCUUUGAGGUCAUUGGUCAAAGGUGAAAUUAGUUUGAUCUAUGUACAGCAGUAUGAUGAUAUCCAGAGAAUGUUUGCAAGAUUGAUAUUUUCUUAGUGCUUUUUGUAUUAUUAUUAAGACGUCUAUAAGCGAAUUUUGAGGAAGAAAAAUGAUUUGUUUCUCUCGAAAAACAUUAGAACAAGCAUGUUUUCUUGUAUAUUAGAAGUUUGAUUUUUUUUGUUUUCGAAUUAUCAAAAAAAUAUUUGUUUUAAAAUCAGAGUCAAGAACAAUUCAGUUUUUUUUUUAUUUGUUGUGGAAGGUCACCAUAAACAUUGAGAGCAAUUACAAAAAUGAAAGCAAUUUUGGUCAGGUUUAAUGAAAAAUAUUUUCCUGAUAAAAAAUUAUACACUGUAUUUUAUUUUUUGAAGAAUUUGUUUUAUGCAGUCAGAUUUUUUAAAAAAAAGUUUUUGUUAUAAUAGAUAUUAAUUGUUUAUCAUUUUUAUAACUGUCUGAAAAAGUCCAGAAUCUGUGAUAUUUUUUGUUGCGUUUUACAUUUACCAAUUUAAGACAACCAUCACUUCCUACAAGAAAAACUAAUGAUAUUUCAAAUACUGAUAGAUGAUUUUGUAAAACUUAGGCAAGUUUUAUCUCAAGCUACAAACAUUUUUGUCUGUUCUUUCUGUAAACACAUUACUUGAAUGACACGUUGAACGUGUUUUCAGGCAACUCUAAUUAUUUCUGUUGUGAAGUGAUAUAAACUAGAGAUGAAAUCUGUUUGCGAGUGUUAUAUUAAGCCUUGCCAUCAUGUCCUUAGUAUAAUUGAACUAAAUGCUUACUGUGAUAAAAUUGUCUUUUGAAUAAAACUAUCUUUUACUG